UGCUCGGUCUGGCUUGGCGACCAGGAGAAAAUUGGUCUCGCCGUUUGGGAGUGGUCCAAUCCUGUCCAACAUCUGUUCAAGCCCCCAUGGAAAUGGUCGGCCUAGCCGGGCCCCAUGCGCAUACACGGUUGCUCGGAUGAGGGCCGGGCCACGACAGGGUGCGAUGAACAGGUCAUGGCUGCCGCGACAUUGCGCAUAACACGCUGCAGUGCGGGGCGCUCAGCACGCCGCAAGCGAUGCGGAGAGGGGUCUGCACCCGCCUAAGAUCGCCGCAUGCGCGCUGGCGUCUUGGUUGUGCUAGUAUUUCUGUCACGGGAGGGACAUUGCAGCGACAUUGUCCUGGUGGCGCUCGAACAGGUAGGCGGAGGCUGCCGACAUACGAUGCGCAGUCCUCAGCACAGCAAGGGAGAACGAAAGCCGGAGACGGGAGUUCGCCCUAUUUUGCCUCUGGUGUUAUCUCUCGUCUUGGCUCUCCGCCCAUAUCUAUCGAUGGUCGCGAUGGCUCAGUGCGCACAGGUACCAGGGCGUGCUAUUGCAAAUUCGAUCUCGUCAGGCAGUUCAAAGCGUGCCGGCAUGGUACCAGAGACCCACUGUCCACACAAGGACGCGAUGGAUAAAAGCGGAGCACAAGACGCUGCGACUCAUACUGAGAUCGCGCAAUCCAGGGGCGAGAGACCUCUGACUUGCCGGCUGCGUGUCUCCUUGACGCAGCAAGCGGUGCCUCGUUGCAGUCGUGAAGUUGACAUGUCGUCUCGGGGGCCGGUGGCUUCCGACAACUCGGUUCUGACGUGUGAUCAGAGUACACAGCAUCGGACGGCUCGAUGCGAUGACUGCAGGGCGCAUCGGGCUUCACAACCACAGUGGCUGUUUCGAACGAUAGGAUGUUGUAGUCAGGUCGUACAACCGCAGUUGGCUUGUUCCUGGUCGGUGGGUGCGCACGUGAGGCUAUAUUUGGCUAGGACGUCGCAUUGUGAUGUGUAUCUAGAUUUCCAAUGGCUUCUAAUCUUCGCCAAUCUGAUUAAUCUCACACCUCGAAUCUCAAGGUUUUGUUGCGGUCUUUGAUCCAAGCGCACGGUAAGUUUUGCCUGCAGCUCAGCAUCCUUGUGUCAUGGGCUGUUUGAGCGUUUCCUAGCCACUUUCUAGUUUCCACGCACAACGGCUUGACAGAUGCACAGCAGGGCGGUAGCAGGACACUGCAAUAAUACCUGGCAUGCCAUGUGCAGCCUGCAAUUUUGACAACUGGCAAGUGGGGUUGUGACGGCAUGGUCAUUGUUACACGGGAAUGGUGGCUUUCCAUCUGGUCAUGCUGGCCUAUGCCACUUUAAUAUAUUCAUUGCUUCUGGCCACCGAGCUGAUCGGGUUGCACUGAAUGCGAGGUACCUAUAGUCCAGGCGGCGCCGCUGGAUUAUCGGUGUAAGAU